GACUGUUGUUAUCGUGUCUACUUAAAAUGUGUCAUCCUUGUAAGUUGCGAUCUGUUUAACUUCGCGCUGGGGCUAACUCUGAACGACUCCAUACAUCCAGACUGAAACCAUGAAUGCAGAAAGUUUAAGCCUAUGUGAAAAGUUGAUCCCGGCUGGCUAUGUCCACCAGGGAGCCCAGUCCAGGAAGGGGCUGGAAAACAAGAUUAAAGUUUUCCUGCAACAUAGGAAGCUCCCUGACACUGGGUGGAAGGACAUUGAGAUAGAGAUGCUGCUGCACGAUCUGGCCACGAUGGACAGCAACAACUUCCCCGGCAACUGUGGUGUGGGGGAGAGGGAGGGACGUCUGCUGUCAGACAUGGUCGCCAGAAGACAUUUCCACCUGGCUCACGGCAUUGGCCGGUCAGGGGACAUAACUGCGGUCCAACCCAAGGCUGCGGGAUCCAGUCUCCUAAUGAAGCUGACCAACAGCCUGGCGUUGGAUGUGAUCAAACUCUCAGGGAUCAGCAGUGUUGCCAGCUGUUUUGUGGUUCCCAUGGCCACUGGUAUGAGUCUGAUGUUGUGCAUGCUGGCCUUCCGUCUGCGCCGCCCCAACGCCCAGUACGUGAUCUGGCCGAGGAUUGACCAGAAGUCCUGCAUCAAGAGCACGAUCACUGCUGGACUACAGCUGGUCGUAAUAGAAAACACACUUGAAGGGGAUGAGUUAAGAACUGAUUUGGUUGCUAUGGAAACAAAGAUGAAAGAAUUGGGACCUGAGAACAUCAUCUGUGUGAUGACUACCACCAGCUGCUUUGCUCCUCGCGUACCAGAUAGAUUAGAAGAGGUGGGUCACCUUUGCAAAACGUACGACAUUCCUCAUCUUGUAAACAACGCCUAUGGUCUACAGUCAUCUAAAUGCUGCCAUCUCAUCCAACAGGCAUCAAGAACUGGGCGGGUGGAUGCGUUUGUUCAGAGUCUGGACAAGAACUUCCAGGUUCCUGUGGGUGGCUGCCUCGUGGCAGGAUUUGACAAAAACUUGGUCCAAGAGAUCAGCAAAACUUACCCUGGUCGUGCCUCUGCCAGUCCCAGUCUAGACCUGUUCAUCACGCUGCUCUCCCUUGGGGUUAGCGGCUACAAGCGCAGUCUGAUCGACAGGAAGUUGAUGUAUGCCUACCUGCAAGAGGAACUGACCAAGUGCGCCAAGCGGAACAAUCUUAGGGCUCUAGACAUCUCACACAACCCGAUUUCAUGUGCCAUAAGUCUGCCUGAGUGUGAUAAUGUGACAGAAAUUGGCUCGAUGUUGUUCACAAGAUGUGUUUCUGGAACAAGAGUCAUUGAGAAGUCGAACCAGGUAACAGAUGUAAAUGGAAUAAAGUUCCUCAAUUUUGGGGCGCAUCACGACAGUUUCCCUUGCUCGUACAUGACGGUAGCAGCAGCCGUAGGUGUGACAAAAGCUGACAUUGACACUUUUAUUAUCCGAUUUGAGCAGUGUCUUGCAAAGUUCCGAAAGUCACAUGACAUUCCAGCGACUGUUGCUGAUAAUGGGAAGAUAAACGGGGAUGUUUUGGGAAAGAAGGAUGCACUUGAUGGAUUCCUAGAUGUUGAUCAGUCCAUAGAGACUUUUGUGACGGGGGCUUUAGGGGAUAGUAUAGUGGGCAAUGAUCAGGAUGAUGAUAACAGCUAGCUGACUUUCUUUGUUUUAUUAUCCCCCGCCAUAGGCGAAGGGAUAUUGUUUUGGCGUUGUCUGUCCGUCCGUCCUUCCGUCCGUCUUUCCGUCCGUCCGUCCGGAGCCAUAUCUUGGAAGUGCUUUGGCGGAUUUAAUUGAAACUUGGUAUGAGUAUAUAUAUGGAUAAGAGAAUGAUGCACGCCAAAUGGCAUUGUACACCAUCUGUUAAUAACGCAAUUAUGGCCCUUUGUAUCUUCAUCAAAUGACUUUUUGUGUGUCCGGAGCCAUAUCUUAGAAGUCCUUUGGCCGAUUUCAUUGAAACUUGGUAUGAGUAUAUAUAUAUGGAUAAGAAGAUGAUGUACGCCAAAUGGCAUUGUACACCAUUCAAUAAUAACAGAGUUAUGGCCAUUUGUAUCUUGAAAAAAUUCUUUUUUUAGUGUCAAAUUUAACACUUUUGUGUCCAGAAGCAUAUUGGCGGGGGAUAUCAAGUCAACGAAUUAGCUUGUUUAAUCAUGAAUCAGUGUGAAUUUUUAAUGAAAUUUAGCUAUGCUCUGGGAAAACAGGGCUUAAUGCCAGUGCCUAAAGUGUCGUCCUAUAUUAGCCAUAGCAGUCUGCACAGAAUAGUCAGGCUCAAAACUGUCCACUUUUAUGGCAUUUUUCAUUAAAGGAAGUCUCCUUUUAGUGUAAAUCCAGUUUAAGCAGAAUGUGUCAUUCCUGAUUAGUCUGUUCUGUGUGGACUGCACAGGCUAAUCUGGGACGACACUGUAAAAACAUUCAUUAAGCCCCUAUUUCUCAUAGCCCGACUCAUAUGUUAUGAAUUAAGUAUGAUUUUAGUCAGUCAUAUUGGUGACAAUUAUCGGAGAGAUUGAUAUUUAUUAGAAGUGCGCGUUUUGUAUCAAUUUGUUUUUGUAUGUGAUUACAAUAUUACAACAA